AUGCUAAAGUGGGGAAUCCUAGGAACCGGCAAUAUUGCUCACACUUUCGCCACAGCUCUCCAAGUGAGCCAGAAAUGCGAACUUGUGGCUGUGGGUAGUCGUUCAAAAGAAAGCGCAGAAAAGUUUGCCAAGGAAUUCAAUUUAAAGCAUAGUUUUGGCAGUUACGCUGAGCUACUCACUUUCGAACAUGUUGACAUUGUCUACAUUUCAACACCUCAUCCUCAACAUUAUGAACUGGCGUUGUUGGCAGCGAGAGCUGGCAAGCAUAUGCUUAUCGAAAAGCCUAUGGCUAUGAAUGAAGUUCAAGUCCGCAAAAUACUGGGCGUCGCUCACAAAUAUAAAGUUUUCGUUAUGGAAGCUUACAUGUACCGCUGCCAUCCUCAAACAGCCAAGGUCGUGGAACUCAUAAAGUCUGACGCUCUUGGACAGGUAAAAUUCAUACGGGCCAGCUUUUCUUUCGAUGGGAGACCCCUAGGCCCUUCUUCAAGGUUAUGGAGGAAGGAACUAGGAGGGGGGGCUAUUAUGGACAUUGGUGGCUAUCCUUUGUCUUUUGCUCGAUUGAUUGCUGAAAUAACGCAAAUAAGAGACGCCUCUACAACUGCCGAACUCAUCAAAGUGAAAGCAACAGGAUACAUUCAACCGGAAAGUCAGGUUGAUGAAUGGUCGAAUGCAGCACUUGAAUUUAAUAAUAAUAUCACCGCCCAAUUGUUCGCUGGCAUAUUUUCUGAUACUGAUAGUAGUGUAGAAGUCCUUGGGAGUAAAGGUUCUUUGAAGAUACUGAACCUUUGGCGACCUGACCUACCUCAAUUAGGGCCUGUACAAAUAGAGUAUACUGAAUACGGAAAAAAGAAGCAAAUAAUCCCCAUCGAAUUGGAUGAAACGAAUCUGUUUGUUUAUGAAGCGGACGCUGUCGCGGAGGCCGUAAUAAGAGGACAAAGACAGUGCAAAUUUAUGACUUGGCGGGACUCCUUGGAACAAGUCCGGGCUAUGGAUGCUUGGCGAAAAGAGAUAGGCUUGCAAUAUAAAGAAGAUACAGAGUUUGUCGAUACUCAAGACGAAUACUUUUGA